CUGUACUUGAUUGGUGCGAGUCUAUAUAGGAGGAGAGACGCUCUAACAGGCUCAGAGUCUGGUGGUGCCCACUUGCCACACGUUCCCAAAAGGACUACCUGUUUUUUUUUACAGUUUUUUUUUUUGUGCUCCUGCGUUCUGUGUUUCCCUGAGAGGAUUUACUUUCUUCCGACAGCAUGACGGAAAGCAAGAGGAAAGAUAGGAAAGGGAGAAAGAAGGGGGGUAAGAAAGCACAAAAGGAGAAAGAAGGCGAUCCCACUACAGCUGCGGCUCCAAAGUUAAAACCGAUGAAGAAUCCAAUAAUAGUGGACGAGGGAAGCAGGCUCACGGUUAAGUGUGAGGCCACAGGAAACCCUCUCCCUACCUACAGAUGGUUCAAAGAUGGCAACGAGCUGAAGAAAAGCAAAAAAGUCAAAAUAAAGAACGGCCAGAAAAACUCCAGAGUCCAGAUCAGCAGAGCAAAACUGGAGGAUUCUGGGAAUUACACAUGUGUGGUGGAGAACCCGCUGGGAAAGGACAACUCCACUGGCACUGUUAACGUCCAAAGCAUAACCACAACGCUAGCUCCAGGCUCAGGCCACGCCAGAAGAUGCAACGACACAGACAAGGCCUACUGUGUGAAUGGCGGCGACUGUUACGUCAUCGAUGGUAUAAAUAAGCUUUCCUGCAAGUGUCCAAAUGACUUUACUGGUGAUCGCUGUCAAACCUACGUUAUGGCCAGUUUCUACCAGCAUCUUGGGAUUGAAUUUAUGGAGGCAGAGGAACUCUACCAGAAAAGAGUCCUGACAAUCACGGGUAUUUGUGUGGCUCUGUUGGUGGUGGGCAUCGUGUGUGUGGUUGCCUACUGCAAAACCAAGAAACAAAGAAAGAAGAUGCACAAUCAUCUGCGACAAAACAUGUGUCCAGAACAUCCCAAUCGUAACCUUGCUAACGGACCCAAUCACCCAGGACCCGGCCCAGAGGAAAUCCCGAUGGUAGAUUACAUAUCAAAGAAUGCCCCUGCAACUGAACGAGUCAUACGGCCUGCAACAGAGGGAUCCUUCCCCGCCAGUCAUGCCUCUUCCAGAUCUCACAACUCUUCCACGCGAGCCCAUUCAUCAACUCACAGACACGAGGAACGGACAUGGAGCCUGGAACAUUCUGACAGUAUCCUCUCUGACUCGCCGGGAAUGAUGUCAUCAUCCGUGGGGACCAGUAAAUGCAGCAGUCCUGCGUGCAUGGAGGCACGGGCACGACGCGCUGCACACUGUGGUUAUUCUGACCCCCAUCGGCCAGGGCUACAGUACGGGGACUCCUUCGACUCGCUGGGAGACUCUCCACACAGCGACAGAUACGUGUCAGCCCUGACAACACCAGCCCGCCUCUCCCCAGUGGAUUUCCAUUACUCAUUGCCCCCGCAGGUGCCUACCUUCCAGAUCACAUCCCCCAAUGCCAGCCAUGCCAUGUCUCUCCCCCCUGCUGUCCACAAUCCCUACCCUCUGGAGGAUGAUCAGCCUCUGCUGCGCCGCUACCAGGUGCCCCUACACGAUGCCCAGUGCCAGGAGCCCUACCGGCAGCAGCGUCGUACCUAUCUAAAUGACAGCAGGGGCAGCCUGCCCUCCAGCCCCUACCGGCUGGCUGAGGAAGAAGACUAUGAGACCACCCAGGAGUAUCUCUCCUCUCGGGAGCAACCAAAGAGAAGUGGGUCCAGUGGAACUGGUAGCCGGCGCUGGCGGAGAUCCAGACUGAAUGGCCACGUGGCCCCACGUGGAUAUGAGGCAUCUCGGGACUAUGGGUCACGAAGCUGCCUAACAGAUAGUGAGUCAGAGGAGGACGGCGAGAGCACGCCCUUCCUCAGUAUGCAGAACAUGAAUGCCGAGCCCUCCACCAUCUACAGGCCGGUGGACAGUCGGACUUCUCACUCGUCAGGGCGGCACAGUGGGCAUGGGAACAUGCAUACAAGACUCACACACUCACGCUCCAAACCGGACAAUACACCCCAUUAAAGAGUGAUAAUGAACCAACAAAAAUCAAUAUAGUAUAGACCUGCAUCUAUAAGAAAUAUUUUUAUUUUAUAUAACUGACAGAUAUUCUAAACAAAUGAAAUAUUUAUUUUCAUUUUAGCAAAAGUUGUCUACUAGUUAACAGCAAAGACUUUUUUAUAGGGAAAACUCUAUUUAUAUGUACAUUUUGAUUUACAGCAUAAAAAGAUGUGCCAGUUUUUUCACAACGUAAAAAAUAGAGUAAUAUUGUGGUGCCUUUUGCUGUAUGCCGAUGCCAGAGGGCCAGUGGAGGUUUUUGUAGCCUUUCUUAUAUGGACGCCUCAUUUUUUAUACACAUUUAUGUUUUUUUUCCUCUCUGUUUCACUUUCUUUCCAAAUUGCAUUCUUUGAGAAGUCUAGCCCCACUGGAGCAUAACCCCUUCCAUAUCACGCAAUAUAAACCACUUCAACAUAAAGUGUAUGUUUACAUUAAUAUGAUUCGCCUGUAGGGUUUAUGAUUUGGGAUCUAAUAGAGCGCCUGAUAAAUACAAUGUAGAUUCUUUUUGCCCUCUGACUAAUGUCUACCAAGAGAAAGAGAGAGACAGAGAGUGAGAGACUGUACUGGUUGCGUGUGUGCAUAAAUGCCUCCGUGUGUGUGUGUGUGUGCGUGCGCGCAUGUCAGUUCGCUUGCAUGCAUUUGUGAUUGUUAGAUGAAAAUCAUUGUUUGUUGUGGUAACAUCAAAUGUGUGUGGGCCUACUGGUGUCUCAGGAGAGCUGUCAGUGUCUCAGAGGUUCACAAUAUAGUGGUUUAUCAGAACAGUGACCCCCAGUGUAGGUGGACAGGUAAGGCUGCUAUAGGGUUGUAUGUUAUGCAGGUCAUUGCUUGAUGUGUUUACAGCUAUUCUGCCCCCUUCCCAACCUGCCCCAGUUACGUCCUUUUUAUUUCCCAGCAGGUUUUUCACGUUAGCCUGGUAUGAGGCCAACAAACGCUGAGCGGCUUGGCACAGGGUGACCCCUGCCAUCAGAGGCGGUGGCAAAACAAAAAGAUUGCAUCUGUUUUCACUCAAAUCCGCCCCCUACUCCCACGCCUCAUCAUCCUUCUGUGUCCAUUCUGUUUUUGUGGCUCGUGUUAAAAGGCCACACAGUGUCUCAGGAUUUCCACAUGCUCCCCCCUGCCCCAACCUCCACCUUAAACCCUGUUCACCCCUCUUCCUCAACUUGAGGUCUACCUAAGACUAAGGUUCUCAGAUGUUGAGGGCCUAGAUGUAAACAUACAGUCUACCAGUUUCCCCAAACACUCCCAUACAGAGAAAAGGAAAGCCAGGUGGAAGCAGCUCAGUGGAGAACAGUGCAGAGCAUACUAGACAAUAUUAAUGAAAUAGCUGUGAAACUUUGGAGGAUCAUACAAUGCAAAAAUAUGCAAACUUUCUAUUUUGCUGUUUGAUUACAUCAUUUUCUAAGAGGUGACUGUAGUGUGUUGUGUGUGAAAAAAAAAAAUCAAACUAUGUGAUGCCUAUAGUGUAGAAUGAAAUAACAUGAUACAAAUGCAUAUUUACCUGAGUUAUUUUUUAAAACCAUUAUGCAGCCAUCUAUCAAGUUGUCAGCCUUUUGUUGUUCACUUAUUCAUGUCCAUCGAAUGACUGUGUCCAUGAUUUUGUUUUGUUUUUUAUCACUUGGUUUCGACCACUCCACUUUACAUGCACACUUCCAAGUAAUGUCAAAUAGCAUCAAAAUAGUGUCUCCUCCAAUAGUACUGUGUACUGCUUUGUCUUGUUGACAGAUCUAGUCAUUUCAAAUUUAGUCUGUAAAUGAUAAUAAUUUUAAAAGUAAAUAAAUUCAUUUAAGCCCUUUGUCCUCCA